AUGGCCUGCAGGGAAGUGGUGGGGCUGGACUCCACUCAGCCCUUUAGCGAGGAGUUGGUUCGCAUUCCCGGGUGCUUCCUGUGCUAUACGCCACCGUCGCGGGUUCCAGAUGUGGAGGCUUUGCCGGCGUUGCGGAACGGCUACAUAACGUUCGGAAGCUUCAGCUGCCUGGCCAAAGUAGGCGAUCCUGUGGUCGCUCUCUGGGCGCGGUGUUUGCAUGAGGUCCCGAGCAGCAAGCUGCUGGUCAAAAACAAAGGCUUCUACUCCCAAGACGUUCAGGCCACCUUCAUCAACAAGUUUAAGGCAUACGGCAUCCAGGAGCACAGGCUGAAGCUAAUGGCCCUUGCUCCCACGUCGUUUGAACACCUCAACAUCUACAAUGAGGUAUCUCAAGGGCUUGCUGCACUGCUGUUUGGAGCAUUUCAAGGCUGGUGCUUAUUCCGGAAGUUUGUUGCUUUGAUUCUCCUGGAGACAGACCAGAUCUGA